AUGGAAUCGGUGUGUGGCAAGCUGUUGACAUCAACCAUCAUUCUACCGUUUGCUGGUCCACAAUACCGCAGGCGACAGCAUGGAUCUUGGUAUUAUGACUGUGUAAUCUCGUCCCGUGUUCUUGUCAUGAUAUUUGUUUCACUUGUCUUUGGAUUCACUGUCACUAAAAGUAUACCCAAACACGCGGAAUUUCGAUUGGGAUUUGUUCUUAGUCUUCUAUUAGUGAUUAUGAUAUCUGCAUUAUCCAUCUUCUGUAUCAUUGGAAACAAAGUACGGAAAUAUGGCCUUCAAUCAGUUGUCGCUGCUAGAAAUGACAGGAAUACCAGAAAACUUCAGGUGGUUUUCAUGUGGAUCUUCGGCCUGUCCUCGGGAUUAUCUUGUGCGUUAUUCAUAGGAAAACUGAUUGAAUGUUCCGUGAAUUUCGCUGGUGGAAUUUAUUGGAAUAUUUUAUUAGUUUUCAAUAUCACAUUGAUCCUAGCUUUAUUCUCAGAAAUGGUUUUCGUCUCUUAUUUUUCUCCGUUCGAGCUGAAACAGAGCUCACUAGUGAAUUACGCUAUGUUUUUGAUUUUAACUUGUAAUCUAUCAGUGAUCUUGUAUGUCUAUCAAAUGAAAAACACCAGAUCAUUUUUGAUAGAAGUCGAAGAUGACAUUGACUUGAUAUCCUGUUUAGGAAACAACAGUACAAUGACAUUGCUUCUAGAAAAGUCAUUACCCUUUCUAAGACCAGCUUUCGUUGAGUAUGUUUUUCUGUUCAGUACAAUACUUCUUGAGAUUUGGUCACCGAAACAAGAAGCGAAUCCUCAAGAUGAAUCACCAACGUAUAUAGGAAUAAACGACGUACAGGAAUCGGAGCAGACGUCCCUUCUGCAUGGAUUCAAUGUCAUCGAACAUCCGGCAAAUAGAGGCAGGCGGACAUUAGUACAAAUACUUUCACUGGCAAUGAGCAUAACAACAGGGCUAGGACUUGUUGUGUGUUACAUUGUCCUCGUUCUAGAUAUAGGGGAUGGAAACGUCAUACUGUAUAUUGCGCAAGUAUAUGAGUUAACAUUGAAAGUGAUGAUGGCGCUUGCAACGUUUGCUGGUUUCUAUUGUUUGGCUCAUUACUGUACUCCUGAUAGUUCACCGAAAGGCCUGAAGUCUCGGGAAUAUUUGUAUUUGCUGUCGGCGUUUGGUUUAUUCUUAGCACAUAUCAGCAUCGCUAUUGGUGCUGACGUCACCGACGAUCAAAAUACCAAAAUCAUCCUGUUCACCAAUGCCUUCAGCGUAUUCCAAGACUACCUUCAAGUGGUGUUUCUGUUACAUGCGAACCGAUUUAGGAAAACUGACCCCCGAUCAAACAUAAACUUACUUGAAUCAGUUCUGAUAUUCACAAUGAUAAACAACUUUAUUUUCUGGUUUACGGACAGUUUCUUUAUAUCUGAAUUUUCCCGUACACAGCUAUUGCACCACAGUAACUUUCCGCAAUAUCUUUUGAAUUUAGUAUAUUCAAUUUUUUUACCAUUUUCUGUGUUCUUUAGAUUUACAACGUUUUUGGAAUGUUAUGCAAUAUUUCGGAAGUUUAACUCGCAGGAACAUUAA